CGAGGGCUGGCCUGCCUUACCACGUCUACAAAUCUGCCCUAAGUGCCUCCUCCACGUCCCCUUUAUCUAUUCCCAAUCACACAGACCCACGGUUUUGAGACAGUGGGCCUGUUUGGGGAACAGAUUUUGCAACAACAACAAAAAAACGAACAGGAAAAUGACCCGCUUCAUAGUGAAAAUGAUUCUCCUCGCGUUUCUGGUUACUUUUGUGGCGUGUAAUGCUCCUCCAGUCCCGUUAGACGACAUCAUCAUAGAGAAGACGUUUACCCCCGAGAGCUGCGAUCGAACCGUGAAGUCAGACGACUUCGUCCGGUAUCAUUACAACGGCAUGUUUCCCGACGGCAAGAAGUUUGAUUCCAGUUAUGAUCGUGGCAGCACUUACAAUGUGUAUGUUGGCCGAAAGCAGCUGAUUGCUGGGAUGGACAAAGCCUUGCUGGGCAUGUGCGUGAACGAAAGACGCCUGGUUAAAAUCCCUCCACAGCUUGCCUACGGGAAAGACGGAUACGGUGACAUCAUCCCCCCUGAUUCUAUCCUGCACUUUGAUGUACUUUUACUGGAUAUCUGGAACACAGAAGACAAAGUGCAGAUUAAGACUUACCACACGCCAGAGAAGUGUAGCCGAACCGUGCAGGUCUCUGAUUUUGUGCGCUACCACUACAACGGCACGCUGCUGGACGGAACACUUUUCGACUCUAGUCACACACGCAUGAGGACCUAUGACACAUAUGUGGGAAUUGGCUGGCUGAUUGCUGGUAUGGACCAAGGACUUCUGGGAAUGUGCGUGGGAGAAAAACGCAUCGUCACUAUGCCGCCAUUCCUCGGUUAUGGAGAACAUGGAGAUGGAAGUGACAUCCCCGGCCAGGCUUCCCUAGUAUUCGAUGUGGUUCUGUUGGAUCUUCAUAACCCCAAAGAUGAGAUUACAGUUGAGGUCGAGAGUACGCCAGAAUCAUGUCAGCGCAAGAGUAAGGAGGGAGAUUUCAUGCGCUAUCACUAUAACGGGACACUGCUGGAUGGAACUCCCUUUGACUCAAGCUACUCAAGGAAUCACACAUAUGAUACAUACAUUGGGAAAGGCUACGUGAUUACUGGGAUGGACCAGGGACUUAUGGGUGUGUGUGUCGGAGAGCGCAGAAGGAUAAUUAUCCCACCACAUCUGGCAUAUGGUGAAGAAGGAACAGGCACUAAGAUCCCUGGCUCUGCUGUGCUGGUGUUUGACGUCCACAUCAUUGACUUCCACAACCCAUCUGAUACAGUGCAGAUCACCAGCCAGAAGCCAGAGAAUUGCAAUUACACCACCAAACGUGGUGACUUUGUAAAAUACCACUACAACGCUUCACUUAUGGAUGGCACUUACAUUGAUGCUUCUUACAGCUACGGGAAGACGUAUGAUGUGGUUCUGGGAGCAGGACAGGUGAUUCUGGGUAUGGAGGAGGCUUUGCUGGAAAUGUGUGUAGGGGAGAAACGCAACGUAGUUGUACCUCCUCACCUGGGCUAUGGAGAAAGGGGAGUGGAAGGAGAAGUCCCUGGCAGUGCUGUGCUGGUGUUUGAUAUCGAGUUAGUAGGUGUUGAGGAGGGUCUUCCAGAGGGUUAUAUGUUUAUAUGGAAUGAUGAAGUGUCACCCAACCUCUUCAGUGAAAUGGACAAAAACAAGGACCUCCAAGUGGACAAAACUGAGUUCUCAGAGUACAUUCUGCUUCAAGUGGAAGAAGGCAAAGGUCGCCUGGCUCCUGGCUUCGACUCUCAGCGUAUUAUUGAGAACAUGUAUAACAACCAGGAUCGCAAUAAGGAUGGACGGAUCACAGAGGAAGAGUUUAAACUGAAGGCAGACGAAGCAGCGGCUCAUGAUGAGUUAUGAUAUACACAUUCAGGGAUAAAAGGAAUGGGAUUGGAUUUGUGUCUGUAUAGUACAGUAGGGGUAUGGGUGGGAGUGGGGUAAAUAAAAUAAUACACUGCACUGGGAUUAGUCAGUGCUGUUCAGAAUGAGUGUUUGUGUAUGUGAGAGAUGUUUGAAUGGGUGUGACCUUGUGUGAUUCUUUUUUUAAAGACAAGUCAGAGUACCAAAAAUGUGUGAUUUUUUUAAACAACCUCUCUUUAAUAAAUACAUUAAAAACCAAA